GAAUUUGAUAUUUGAAAAAAAAAAAAGAAGAAGAAGAAGAAGAAGAAGUAUUGUGCAGGAUCAAGAAAUAUGCUCAUAUUCUUCUCAUGAUGUUACUUUUUCUGGGAUCUUUCUUUCUUUCAUUAAAUUCUUGGAGUACAGUUUAGUAGCAUGCUCUAAUACUGCACAUUUGCAAGCCUCUCACACGCAUGUUGUGCAUACCUUUUCAAUGACAGUAACUAGUUAAUUUUUUCCAUCAUUGAGCUAACGUCUGGAAAUUGGUUAACAUUUAUGGUUUUGCUAUUCAGGUAAACAGCUUUAUUCUUGCAACUUGAAAUUGCUUCUUCCAUUCUUUGAUUCUCCAUCAAUUGGAUUGCAAACAAUUGAAAAGGGGCUUUUACUUCCGAAAUUUAUGCUGAGGAUUGUAUUUUUGAAGAUCCAACUAUUAGAUUUCAAGGUUAACUUGAGGUUGCUUCUUCCUUUCUUUGAUUCUCCAUCAAUUGCAUUACAAACAAUUAAAACGGUCAGAUUGACUCUCCUGGUUAUGAUGGUCUGACCUCAUGACAUUGAGUGAACGCAGUUGAAAGACAAAGGUGCACGGUGUCAAUUUGGAAACAAAUUUUGUAUUGGAAAAAUGGAGAUUAAGGUGUGUGCUUAUCUCUCUGUGUGCACUGUUUUUAGAUCAUCAAAUCAGAAUCUCAUUAAGUUGAAUCCCUUGAGAAAGUUGGGCUGCUCAAGAUCUAGAACUCAAGUAGUGGUUCUUUCAUAAUUUAUUACAGUCGGAUUUAACUCGCGUUUCGAACAUUGUUCGGAUCACCCUAACAUUCGGCCAACCCCAGCAGGUUAGCCUCUUUUAUUUGCAGUUAGUUUUAUCUGAUUUGUAGAAUGUUCCUGUAACUUCCAUUUAGUUUUAUUUAAUCCCUGUUUUAGCAUUAUUUAACUGUUUUGUUUGAUAUAUUCGUCCUUACUUUCCUUUGCUUGAAUAACAAAAUUUAUAAUUAGAUGGAUUACUAGCAUUAUCGGAAAGACUAAUUGGAGGGUUGAAUUUGAUUAUUAGUCCAGUCUAUCAUUGGGUUAUUCCGGGGAAACAACAGAAAGAGAAUGAAGGUUGUUGGGCUUUCUGUUUUUUCAUUGGGCUAGGCCUUACUUGGGCUGACUAUUGCGCUUGCAUGUUCUGUUACUUGAAACUUUUUGAGACCAAAUCUGAAGACACAUCAUGAAACUAUCUGAAUGAUGAUAAAGAGAUAUUUCAAAA